AUGGGAUCGAAUGGAAGGAGCUACGUGAUGCAGAAGAAGGGGUUGAUAAUCUCCUGUACUUGCCCGCUCUGGCGCUAUCAAGCGCUGGACACUGUUCCGCGUGAGAUGAGAACCUGCAAGCACCUCCAGGCGUUUCUUGGUCGCGAGUUGGAGCUUGCGCGCGUGGGACAAGUGGGAGGAGAGAUGACGAGGAAGACGUACAGGAGGUUGAAGAAGCAGCAAGACGAGCAUCGCCUUGCGGAGAAGAUGAAGGAGAAGGAGUACGAACAAAUCAUCGCAAAGGCAAAGCUGGACAAGGAGCAGGGAGAGCUUGAGAGGGAGUGGACGGCAGUCUCGGCCAUGGUGGACAGCGUUAUCACACCGAGCAAGGAGGAAGAAAAGUAUCAGGUGCUUGACAGCGAGCAGGAACAUGAGAAACAAGUUGAAGCAAGCUCCAACAAGUCGAAGCUCAAAGGGAAAGGCAACACAUACCAGACCCCUUCGAAGAACGGUAGCGCUGCCUGCUCUCUCUCCAAGGAGAGGUUGUUUUGA